GAAAAAGAGGAAGAGGUAGCCAUGACAACAAAACAAGUUGUUUUUGAUAAAUCCUUAGCUUUUCACCGGCCGUUUUUGGAAUAUUAGCAUAAAGUGAGAAAGAAAAAUAGAUCGUCGGAAUGGACAAGCCCCAGCUGAUCGAGCACCUCCACGAGUCACUGAACUACACGGUGUACGAUACGAAAUGGGUGCCCCUUUCGGCCAAGUUCGUGAUUCUGGGCUCCAAGGCCAACGGGCACGGAAUCAUGGACAUCUACGAACUGAACCAGGAUAAGCUGGUGAAAGUGAAGUCCGUGGAGAAGAAGGUGGCCUUCAAGUGCGGCACCUUCGGAGCAGCUUCGCUCAGGAACCGCCACAUGGCCAUUGGAGAUUUCGAGGGCAGGCUGCAAGUUCUCGAUAUGGAGCAGCCGGACCUUCCGGUUUACAACGUAAAAGCCCACAACGGCAUCAUCAACACGAUCGACGCGAUUGGAGGCACUCAAAUCGACUGUGGUGCUCCGGAAAUCGUUACUGGAAGUCGUGACGGCGCCGUUAAAGUCUGGGAUAUACGUCAAGGGCAGGCCCCUGUGGUGGACAUGUCGCCGCCGCCGCAAAUGGGCGAUGGCGUUAACAACAGCAGUGGCCGCCGGGACUGCUGGGCCGUGGCCUUUGGAAAUACCUACAAUGCCGAGGAGCGCAUCGUUGCCGCCGGCUAUGAUAAUGGAGAUCUGAAGUUAUUCGAUUUGCGCACCCUUUCCGUACGCUGGGAGGCCACCAUGAAGAAUGGUAUCUGUGGCCUGGAGUUCGAUCGCCGGGACAUUCCCAUGAACAAGCUAGCGGUAACCACUUUGGAGGGCGGUCUCCUUGUCUUCGAUAUGAGAACCCAACAUCCGACCAAGGGGUUUAGUUACGUGGAGGAACGCAACGCCGGACGCAGCGUAGGGACAAAUGGCGUUAUUAGCGGACCCAAAGCCACCGUUUGGGUGGUUCGUCAUCUGCCCCAGAACCGGGAUCUCUUUCUCACGGGCGGCGGAACUGGCUCCAUUCGCCUUUGGCAGUACGAGUAUCCCGACAGGAGGGUCAUUGACGACUCUGAUGGGAACAAGUUGGGAGUGGCUGGAGCCCUUAGCAUGGUUAGUGCAGCCACUUUGAGCUCUCAGCCGGUUCACUGCUUUGACUGGCAUCCGGACAAACUGGGCCUAGCCGUCUGUGGAGCAUUCGAUCAAAGCGUGCGCGUUUUAAUUACCACCAAGUUAAACACUUUUUAGAUGGUGGACAUCAAAUGAAACCUAUUAAACAAAUGCCUCAUACUUGUGAUAUUGGAUCAUGGGUAAAUGCUUAGAUUUAUAUUUUUAUGAAUAGAUUUUCAUUGCACCUAUUGCGAGACAAUAAAAAUAAAUCCUUAAUGCGCAAUAGCUCUUAAAAUCAAAAAACACCGGAUAAUCUGCUUGACCUGAAUUAUAUUACAAACCAAAACUAGCUUACAAAUAUAUCAGCAAUAAACUAUUUCAUGUACAAUACA